CGACAGCGGUGAAGCCUUUUGGGCGGGGCCUGGGCCGGGCAGCUCCUGAGGCCGAGAUUUCACAUCGGAAACAACAGGCGCUGCUCGCGAAGGAACCUCGGCUGCGGGCGGUCGUAGGAGGCGGCGGCGAGGAGGAAGUAGGAAAAUAACAACGAAAUUAAAAGCAUCAUUUGUCUGUUUUGCACAAGAUGAAUAACGUAUUCAAGGUUCACUGUGGGAGAUAGUAUGCAUAGUGUGCAGAAAACUACAUGGCAGAGCACAUUGUAAAGACCUAAUCCAGGAGUCUGCAAGUGACAGCAGCCUGUGAGGUCCUUAGGAAGCUCAGCCUGGAGGAGGACACAUGAAAGAAAGAACCCCAAGAGGCUUUGUUUUCUGUGAAAAGGUAUUUCUGUACAGUUGCUCCAAUGACAGAGUUGCCUGCACCCUUGUCCUACUUCCAGAAUGCACAGAUGUCCGAGGACAACCACCUGAGCAAUAUUGGGGCGGCACGGAACAUGGCGGGCAUCAGCGAUGUGGCGCUGGCAGCAGGUGGCAGUGGAGGUGCUGCUGGCCCCAAUGGGCCCCAACGAGAGCUGGACCGAGGCACGAUGGUGGAGCAGAAUGACAGUAGAGAACGGCAUGAGCACAGCAAUGAAAGGCGGAGGCGGGGCAACCCUGAGCCAUUGUCUAAUGGAGGACCCCAGGGUAACACACUGCAGGUGGUGGAACAAGAUGAAGAAGAAGAUGAGGAGCUGACACUGAAAUAUGGCGCCAAACAUGUGAUCAUGCUCUUUGUCCCCGUGACUCUCUGUAUGGUGGUGGUUGUGGCUACCAUCAAAUCAGUCAGCUUUUAUACUCGGAAAGAUGGGCAGUUAAUCUAUACUCCAUUCACAGAGGACACCGAGACUGUGGGCCAGAGAGCCCUGCACUCGAUUCUGAAUGCUGCUAUCAUGAUCAGCGUCAUUGUUGUCAUGACUAUUCUCCUGGUGGCUCUAUAUAAAUACAGGUGCUAUAAGGUCAUCCAUGCCUGGCUUAUUAUUUCAUCUCUAUUGUUGCUGUUCUUUUUCUCAUUCAUUUAUUUGGGGGAAGUGUUUAAAACCUAUAAUGUUGCCGUAGACUACAUUACUAUUGCCCUCCUGAUCUGGAAUUUUGGUGUGGUGGGAAUGAUUGCCAUUCAUUGGAAAGGUCCACUGCGACUCCAGCAGGCGUAUCUCAUCAUGAUCAGUGCCCUCAUGGCCCUGGUAUUUAUCAAGUACCUCCCAGAAUGGACUGCAUGGCUCAUCUUGGCUGUGAUUUCAGUAUAUGAUUUAGUGGCUGUUUUGUGUCCAAAAGGCCCACUUCGUAUGCUGGUUGAAACAGCUCAAGAAAGAAAUGAAACUCUCUUUCCGGCUCUCAUUUAUUCCUCAACCAUGGUGUGGUUGGUGAAUAUGGCAAAAGGAGACCCAGAAGCCCAACGGAAGGUAUCCAAAAACUCCAAUUAUAAUGAACAAAACACAGGGAGUGAGUCACAGAACCCUGUGACAGAGAGUGAUGAUGGUGGCUUCAAUGAAGAGUGGGAAGCCCAGAGGGACAGUCGCCUGGGACCUCAUCACUCUACAACUGAGUCACGAAGUGCUGUACAGGAAAUUUCCAGCAGCAUCCUAGCCAGUGAGGACCCAGAGGAAAGGGGAGUAAAGCUCGGAUUAGGAGAUUUCAUUUUCUACAGUGUUCUGGUCGGAAAAGCUUCCGCCACAGCCAGUGGAGACUGGAACACGACCAUAGCCUGUUUUGUAGCCAUAUUAAUUGGCUUGUGCCUUACAUUAUUACUCCUCGCCAUCUUCAAGAAAGCAUUGCCAGCUCUCCCGAUCUCUAUCACCUUUGGGCUUGUUUUCUACUUUGCCACAGAUUAUCUUGUGCAGCCCUUCAUGGACCAGUUAGCAUUCCAUCAAUUUUAUAUUUAGCAGAUUUGUGAUGAGACUUCCAUGGAUUUUUCUCCUUUGACUAUAAUAAACUCUGGGAAGGACAACGGUGAUUUUCCUGUGUCUACAUCUAACAAAGUCACAGUUCCCAGCUGGACUUUCUGCAGCUUCCUUCCACGUCUUCCUGACCACCUGCACUGUUGGCCAUUGGAAGGAGGUGUCGACCGAAAAUGGUUUUGAACGUACGUCAUGGUGGUGGGCGGAGUCCCUUGGAAAAAAAUACCAGAUUUUAGGGACAAGGACAAAGAAAAGUGAUGGGCCAAAAAGUUGCUGUGCUCCACCAGCAGUUCCAGAGGUGGCUUUCCCAGCACUGCAGACUCUCAGGACUGCAUGGUCACGAUGUUAGAUGGAGUGGUUUAAACCAAACGGGACUCGUCAUCGGAAACGCGUGUAAGCCUAAUCAGUCUGUGUUGAACUCUAAACCUUUUCAGGAGGUACUAUGAGGAAGGCAGGUACCAGCAGCAAAAUGGGAAGGCGAAAAGGGGUUCAAACUUUCACUCUCAAAUUUCUUUUGCUGCAAACUUGACAUUUUUAAAUAAGACGUUUUUUUCACCUGGAGUCGAGUCAGAUGUAUAAGAUGAUUUGGACGAUUUUUGUUCUCAAGCACUGACACUCAUUACCAUCUAUGGUUGCCAUUCCCUCCCAAGGCCAGUAUGAAUUUAUGUGAGGUUGCUUUAUCUUAAAAGUGUUAACCUCAGGUUCCAAGUUCAGUAAUUUCUGGAAAUAAUGGAACUAUGACAACGAUUCUCUCUCACCCUUAGGUAAUUCUGGUUUUGCCCCAAAUUCCUAAUUUUUAGACAGACUUGUAGGUUUGCUUGCCCUCGAUGCCUUCUUUGUUCCCCGUCUCUCCCUUCACUCGCCCAUACACGGUUCUUUCAGAAGACAGCUCUGUUGUGGAAGCAGGCGGUCCCGUUAUCUAGGAUGUUCCUUUGUGUGGUGCACAGAACGUGUUAUGAAUCAGUGCUAUCAGCCUCGCUGUCAUCAUUUCCUCAGUAGCAAAUACAAUGUGUGCCCAGAGACAGUAGCAUUAAAGAAGAGUAAAUGGCUGGUGAAGCACUUUCUGUCCUGGUUUUCUUUUUUUAGUACAACCGAGUGUCUCUGACAGUAGGUCAGAGUUCAGACCAAUAGCCAGGAGCUGGUGGUUUAUAGAGUCAGGAGUCAGGUGUGUCUGUGCCAAGCAGGAGCUGGGAGAAAGCCAUUAUUGCCCUUGGUGAGCCGGCGGAGGACCUAGGGUCAGGCGGAGAGCCAGGUGCCAACAGAAGGAAGAGGGGCCUCCAACAGCCAGUGGCACCAGAUGAGCUCAGGUCCUGUGGGCAGAUACGGAGAUCCAAGUUACUCCGCCGGAACCUCGCAGUGGGCGUUCUGUGGUUUCCCUUCUGCCUUGCGUCUCAGUGUACCUUUGUGUGAACUGGGCAGUGGGGUCAGGCCCAGGCCGUUCAGCUGGACAUGCACAUAAACAGAGCCAUCGCCUGUGGGCACACGGCACCCCUAAACCAAGCUCUUCCAGGGCACAACCCUUCUGUUACCGCCAGUUAGUGAUCCGUUUCCAUCGGGCGGGAGAAAGACCUGCAUUUCCUCGUCCUGCCGCGCUCAGCCUGUGGUACAGCCGGGACGGGCUGGUUCCCCUCGCAGGUUAGGGUGUUUGCUUCCUGUCGUGGAAUAUCUCUUAGAACCUGCCUCGAGGAGCAGCGUGCUGGUACUAACCUGAGUGCAAGUGAAAACCGGCUCGUGUUGGGCAGUUGAGAACUGCGGGAAAACAAGCUGCCAAGACAGCCAGGCCGAGGGCAGUGGGAACUCUCGCAUCCAUUUUUGUUUGUUUAGCCCCCUUUUCCCGAGAUUCUCUUUUUCUCCUCAGACACGUGGCAGUGUCGUGGGUACUCCAGAAAUCACAGCAUUCAACAGCUACAGCAGAGCCCCCUGAACACCAAUCUGAUUUGAAACUGCCUUGAAGGAGCCCUAAUCUGGAGAAGUUUAUCUGUGCGAGGGUUCUCCUCUCAGAAGAGGGUGUGUGCGUGUGUGUGCAUGUGUGUGCGUGUGCGUGUGUUUAGAUCCACCCUGUGUAUUACUGUCCCGUGUAGAAAGAUUGCACUAAACCUGUCACUUUCUACAAGAUGAAACCACAUCUCAGCACAGAGAAAGCACAUCGUAUUCUUUAAAUCACCAAUCUCAGACGCAGAACCUUGUUUUCAAAUCUUUUUAGAAUCAAUUCAGUCAUUCCUGAAAUAUCAAAAUGCUAGUCUUCCACCGGGAAAUACCAGUUGUCACUGAAGAGAACAGUGGCAAGUCCACUGAGCCGGGGUGGCCCUGGGGCCAGGCCACACAAACCAGAAAGCAUGGCCAGCCGAGCCAGCCCACUCAGUAAAAGGAAGGAAAACGUAGGAAGAAGUGGCCGCUGACGCCUGGGUCUGACUGGCCGGCAGAAGGAAGGUUUUGUGACACAGCAUGGUGCUACAGACCAGCCUGUGGAAGUACCCACCACGUUUGGAAGGUUUUUCGUUUUUUCAAAGAGGAAGGGCUCACUUUCCUGUUUUCGAUUUUUGGUAGGUUAGUGUGUGGUCUUAGGGUCGCAGCUCUCCGUAUAAAUGACUAAAUUUCUUUUUUUUUUAAAUAUAUUUUAUUGAUUUUUUACAGAGAGGAAGGGAGAGGGAUAGAGAGUUAGAAACAUCGAUGAGAGAGAAACAUCGAUCAGCCGCCUCCUGCACACCCCCCACUGGGGAUAUGCCCGCAACCAAGGUACAUGCCCCCGACCGGAACCGAACCCGGGACCUUUCAGUCCGCAGGCCGACGCUCUAUCCACUGAGCCAAACCGGUUUCGGCUAAAUGACUAAAUUUCUUGAUCAGAAAAAAAUAGAAGCUUUCUGAGCAACUUAGAACAUUCAUAAGUGAGCAAAUUACUGAUUUCACUAUGGAAGCAACAGUCGUCUUGUUCACAGUUUGUAGAAUGUGAGACAGAAGUUAAGCCACCUCCAGGGCCAGGCGUCUCGAAGCCUCUGAUCCUGUGCCCGGCGCCCAGCCUCACAGUCCCCAUUUGUGAUGUAGCCCUGGAAGGGAAAGUUCAGAUACCACUAUGAACAGAUUUGUUCAGUCUCUUCCAUGGUGCUGGAGUCCGAAGAUGCAACAGUGAGUAAGAUCUGUCUUCAGGUGGUUGAGCGUCGACCUAUGAACCAGGAGGUCACGGUUCAGUUCGAUCCCCUGUUGCAGGUUUGAUCCCCAGUAGGUGCUGUGCAAGAGGAAGCCAAUCAAUGAUUCUCUCAAAUCAAUAAACAAAUUAAAAAAAAAAAAAGAUCUAUGCUCAGAAUGCAGCUGUAGUCUCUUGUUUUCUGGUAUAUGCCACCUUAAACGUUUCUAAAAUAUCAGGUGCUGGUCAUUAACGCCUUUCACAGUUACUGUUAUUUGAGCGCUUAUAAUAUUGAUGUUACAAAGGUGACUUGAUUUUCCCAGAAUUGCAUCCUUUCAGUAAAGUUCUUGUUUUUCUCUAAUCUUGCUUUCGGAUAGUCUGUAAACCAUUCUCCUCACCUCCACGUGUGUCCUGAACACUGAGUUUAGGAAGAGACUUGAAAACUGGACAUGUGGUUUUGCCCUGGGAUGAAACAGGAUCACCAUCGUAAGUGUGAGCCCAGAAGUGAUCUUGGGAUUUCUCCAGUUUUUAAAGUCCCCAAAACACAGAAGAUGAAAAACGGUUUCAGCUUUCACAGCCCUCCUUGAAACUGCCAAGCGGAGCGAACCAACAAGGCCGCCAACGAGCUCGCGUCCCCAGCCCUCUGAAGGCAUCGGGUCCUCCCCUCCGCUAGGAAGCACCACAGAUCUGUGUGUUAAAAAUCAGCCUGGAGCUGAAAUGAACCCCUUCCUUGAACGUCAGAGCUUUCCCAGGGCCUCAGGCAGCUGCAACGUCGCCCCGAGGAAGUGGCUGGGUCCCCCAGGGCCCUCGAGUGCGGUGUUAGCACUUCAGUCUGAUCCGUGUAGCAGGGAGGAUUUGCCAGAAAGCAAUUUUCCUUUUGAAACAAAUAAUUGUAACAGGGCAGCUUCAAACUCAGCUGUCUAGAGGAGCAAAUCCAGGCCUGUUCCGUUUGCUGUGUGAUUGGCGGGCUGGGAUGCGGGUUCAGCGGAUCCUUGACUCUCACGUGUUCACGGUCUGGCUUUUGCUCCUGCAGACACUGCUUUGUACGUGAUUCAGACAGACUGUGAAUGCAUCUUUUUUAAAUGCCUUUCAAAUUCUUGGUAAGAGAGAUGGUUAUUUUGAUAGAUGGUUGCAGAUUUUCCUGUGUUUGUCAAAGGAAUAAAGGCUGCAUGGAUCCA